GGGCCGGGCCGCGCCGUGCCGAGCCCGCUGGUAGCGGCCCCCGCGCGGGGCCCGGUGUGGGAGCGGUGUGUGGGAGCCCGCCCGAGGCCGCUCCGCUCCGUCCAGUCGCCAGAACUUUCCCCGAGUUCGCCUUUGCCGGGUGCAAUGAGAAGAAAGGUGACUUGCUCUUUAAAUGUGGCCAAGGCAAGUGACUUUCUCCCAGAUGUAACCCAGAGCCUGAGACAGUAGUGUGUGUUUUGGUGAUCUGGACAAGCAUAUGGCUCCACUGGUGUUUGGGACUGAGGCAUGAAGAUCUUCUGAAUUUGGCUCCUGAUUAGAGCUUACAGAUGAUGGAAACAUUUCCUUGGCGAUGUCUCUGGGGCGACUCCUUCGACGUGCCUCUUCAAAAGCUUCUGACCUCCUGACCUUGAAUCCUGGUGGUGGCAGCAGUUCAUCUCCUGUACUGGAUGGAGAGAUCAUCUACUCCAAGAACAAUGUCUGUGUCCACCCGCCUGAGCUGCUACAAGGCAUCGGGGAGCAUCAUCCAGGCUACCUGUGCUUGUACAUGGAGAAGGAUGAGCUGCUGGGGACCACGCUGAUCCUCGCCUGGGUGCCGAACUCCCGCAUCCAGAGGCAGGAUGAGGAAGCCCUGCGCUACAUCACCCCUGAGAGCUCCCCUGUGCGCAAGGCUCCCCGCAAGCGCGGCCGCCACACUCAGGGCUGCGGCACUGUCCGUCAGGCUUCCCCCACCGAGCAGAGAGGGGUGGUGAUCCUGGAAGGAGAAGACAUCCUGACUGUGUCUCAGCUUGUGAAGGAUGUGGCUCGCAUCAGCUCCCCCUCCUCGGAAGGGGAGAAGCUGUCGCAGUGCUGCCCCGUGGCAGACGGCCCCCUCCGCUCCCCCCAGCCCGCCCGCAGCGACUCAGGGAUCCUAUCGACAAUCAGCUCUCAGGAGGAGCAGAACAGGUCGGAGCUGUCGGUGGAGGGGAUGGAGGAAGGUCUGGACUGCAGGCCAGAGCCAGGGGAGGAUGAGGGCUCCUUGGAGCUGUCUGCUGAUGAUGUGAGCAGAGACAGUACUUUUGACUCUGAUUCUGAUGCCUUCUCUUCCCCCUUCUGCCUCUCUCCCAUUAGUGAAGCCCUUGGGAAAAGCAGUAGCUCAGUGUUUCUGGAAAAUGAAAGCAGGGACACGUGUGACAAUCGCAUGACCUUCUCCACCAGCUCUGCCUCCAGCCUCGACACCAGUGCCCAGUUCCAGGACAGUAAUGGGCAAACACAGAGCACCAGAUGGGAUGAGCAGCAGAAAGUAUUUGCCCUCGAGCAGGUCUGUGGUGUCUUUAGAGUGGACCUGGGACAAAUGAGAUCCCUUCGCCUCUUCUUCAGCGAUGAUGCCUGUACCUGCGGGCAGCUGGUCGUUGCGAGCAGGGAGAGCCAGUACAAGAUCUUCCACUUUCACCACGGUGGCCUGGAUAAACUGUCAGAGGUGUUUCAGCAGUGGAAGUACUGCACAGAGACCCAUCUCAAGGACCAGCAGCUCACUGAUGAGAAGACGUGUAUGCAGUUCUCCAUCCGCCGUCCCAAGCUGCCCUCCUCAGAAACACACCCCGAGGAGAACGCCUACAGGCGCCUGGAUGUGUCUGCCUGGCUCCAUCACCUCAACGAGGCCGGGCAGGUGGAAGAGGAGUACAAGCUGCAGAAGGCCAUUUUCUUUGGUGGGAUUGAUAUUUCCAUCCGUGGGGAGGUGUGGCCCUUCCUGCUGCACUACUACAGCUACGAGUCCACCUCUGAGGAGAGGGAGGCACUGAGGCUGCAGAAGAGGAAAGAAUACUUUGAGAUCCAGGAGAAAAGGCUUUCCAUGACUCCAGAUGAACAGAAGGACUUUUGGUGUAAGGUGCAGUUCACGGUGGAUAAAGACGUCGUGAGGACUGACCGCAGCAACCAGUUCUUUCGGGGGGAGGACAACCCAAAUGUGGAAACUAUGAGGAGGAUCCUGCUGAACUAUGCAGUGUUUAACCCAGCGAUUGGAUACUCCCAGGGCAUGUCUGACCUGGUUGCCCCACUCCUGGCAGAGAUCCUAGAUGAGUCGGAUACUUUCUGGUGCUUUGUAGGACUGAUGCAGAACACCAUCUUCAUCAGCUCACCCCGGGACGAGGAUAUGGAGAAACAGCUGAUGUACCUGCGGGAGCUGCUGCGCCUCAUGCACCCCCGUUUCCACCAGCACCUGUGUGCCCUGGGAGAGGAUGGGCUGCAGAUGCUGUUCUGUCACCGCUGGAUCCUGCUGUGCUUCAAGCGGGAGUUCCCCGAGGCCGAGGCGCUGCGCGUGUGGGAGGCGUGCUGGGCGCACUACCAGACUGACUAUUUCCACCUCUUUAUCUGUGUGGCCAUCGUGGUGAUCUACGGGGAUGAUGUGAUUGAACAGCAGCUGGCCAACGACCAGAUGCUGCUCCAUUUCAGCAACCUGGCAAUGCACAUGAACGGGGAGCUGGUGCUCAGGAAGGCCAGGAGUCUGCUCUAUCAGUUCCACCUGCUGCCCCGCAUCCCCUGCAGCCUCCACGACCUGUGCAAGCUGUGUGGGACAGGGAUGUGGGACAGUGGCUUCAUCCCUGCUGUGGAAUGCUCUGGCCAUCACCCCGAGUCCGAGAGCUGCCCGUACGGGGGACAGGCGCAGCUGUGUGCACCGAGAGCCGGCGGCCAAGGCAGGAGGGGCCUGAAGACACGCGACGUCUUCGCCUUCCGAAAAUAGCUGUGGAGGAACAGGGUGGGACAGAGGAAGAGGGAAGGGCAGGAAGGAUGUGCAUAGGGGAAAAUGACCAAGACAAAAAUGGAAGGAUAGCUUGUCUAGACCCCUCAGAAGACUGAAAGGUGGAGGAGAAUGGGCAAGGAAUGAAACCCCAGAGCAGGGAAAGCAAAGCCGGAGCGCUGCUGGGGGAGGCAGGACAAGAUGCCAACCAGGAACAGUGUCUGCACGUGUUUGGAUUUGAUUUUGUUAGAAACAUGCUUUUUAUAGGUCUUAACAAGGACUUUUUAUCCUGCCUCUGGGAUUGGACUGGUUAGCAACCAGAACUUUGUUACUUGCUGGUGAGAAAUGAGAACACUAACGGGAGCCAAGUGCCAGCAGCGGCGCCGGUGGGGCGGGUGGAAGGGGCAGAGCUGUGGCAAGGCCUCUGGCUGAGAGGUCCCUUCACCCCGAGCACACCCCACUCGUGCCCUCUGCUUCAACCCAAACAUGCAGCUUCGUGGCCUCUCUCUAAAGCCAUAAAGGCCAUUUUAAUUGUGAUCUGCCAAAAAUAAAGCUGCAGACCCCUGGGACGGCA